CAAUGAAGAAAAGGGCGAACUUCGGUACGGACAACGUGAGUUGUGUCAUUCGAUGCGGGUGCACGUUCUUGCAGGCUUUGAUGUAGGCUUGUCCCCUGAUGGUGGGGAGCAUACUCAAGAUCGAAGGUACGUCUUCAAGCAACGAGUGAACGUGGAAACGUACACGGACAUCGCGAUUCACGGACGAAUGAGUAGGGGGUGUCAGAAGGGAAGAUGGGGGUGAAGAGCGAAAGGAUGGCUGUGGCGAUUCUUGGCUGAGGCAGGGACUUCAUCGGCAAAAUGGAAUGGCACAUCACGAUAGAAUUGUAGCUGAUAAUCGUACCAAGUAGGCUUUAAUUUCGUACUGCCCAUGUUACAGCCACUUCUUCAACCUUCAGUUACCGUAGUUCAAGUCCUCUGCGUGGUCAACGAGGGAAAAUGACGUCGUGGAAAGAAGCCCACUGCCGAGGAGACUUGUCUGUGCUAAGUGGCGAACUCAUGCCACUGCUGGAGCUCGAAUGGCGACUCGAAGGGGCAUUCACCUAGACUGUAGCAAAACUUCAGGGAAAGUUAACCUGGAGUUUGUACUCACCCUCUGCCUCGCCGUUUGGUUGAUGUUUAGGUCUGGCAACAAACUUGCGCGCUUUCACGAUCGUCGUGGGCAGAUUGAAAAGCUCAGUUGGGGAGCCAAUGACGUGUGUAUAUAUUGGAAAUUGAGUCAAGGGAAUAAAGUUGUACGAACGGAAGAAC